UAUGUCACAAGAACCAUUAAACUGCCUGCGACACAAUGACACGCCGUUUGUGUAGACCAAUCGUACUGCAAUCUGAGCUCAGUACUCUGUAGGCUAGAGAACAGGUGGUUGAUGAGGGUCAACCUGCUGAGCUAAAUCCAAUAAAGUGACAAUGUCGCAGCUGGACAGUCUCAUGUAAUCCCAACGCUUUCACAAUGUGGAACAAAACACUGCUUGUGAUUUGUUGGUUAUCUUACUAUUGUUUUACUUUCUUAUAAAUGUAGGAGACCAUCUGCAGUGGUUAAAAAUGCUGAGUGCCAAUUCUGCAUCUUAAAUAAGGAACAUGCGCUAAUUGGCCACUCUGUUGGAAAGGCGCACACGCCAUUUUAACAUAUACCUCUGCGCAAUUCUUUUGCCCCCCACAAGGUGGCAUCCAGGGCUUUAAUAUGUUCUAACGUUGUACAGGAUCAAUCAGAUUCAUAAUGUCACUGCCCUCAUUUCCUCUUCCUUCUUCCUCCUCUUUUAUGUGCUCACUAUUCAGUUUUACCUUCAUGUUUAGCUACUUAAGACUUUAUGUAGCCAUCUCAUGUCUUGUUUGAUCAUUUAUGGGGUAUGAUGUUUCCAUUUUGUUCUGCUUUAUGCACAUAUCACUACAGUAAAUGUCAAAGGGACAUUCAGCGCUUUUUACUGCUUUUCAUAUGACAUUGAUGCGCUGUUAGCCUAUACCCCAAGCACUAUAUUAAGACUUAAAUUCUAACUAUUUGGUAAGUAGGUACGUUCUGUUUCAGCUCCAGUGUUGGGCUAUUUAUAACCCAUUAAUGAAUCAAUGGUAAUAAUGCUAUGGUUUAUAUGUAAGAGCUAAUUUAACCAUAUUUAGCAGGUUAUACUUUAGUGCAAGCAUUUUUAUUCAUGAAAAUUUUUAUUUGUAAUUCAACAUUUUUCAAUGAAGGCACUGUACAGUGAAUGAUCUAGUUUUUCUGACAAUGGAGUUUAGAGGAAAACAAGUUUUAUUUGGAUUAUGACAUUUUUCCAUAUAUAUUCUGGUAUUUAUUUAAUUGUACCGGCUUGAUGCAGGGUGUAAUUGCGUUGCAUUUCAGUAAUCUUAAUGUAAAAGCGCGAAGUGUCUGUAAGUUUAUAGGCUAUAAUUCACGGCUGUCUUGUGUUGGGUAGCAGCAGUGCGUCGCAGCCCGUCGUGCACCUCUGCGCUCUAAUUGGCUGAGGCUGCAGUGAUGCUCUCUGCAUCCUGCUUCUACAGACAGGACAGCAGGGACGGGAGCUGGAAGCGCGGCCGAGAAAUCGUCAUAAAACACAGCACAGUAGUAUCCUUUUCAUCGUUUGUUUUAAUCUGGAAGAGAUGUUUGCCUCAAAAUGUCUCCAGUCACAGAAGUAGCGGCUGUUACCAAGUCGUAAGUGCUUCUUCAAACCGUCCUCACACAGCAUAGCGAGGCAUAAGCCCCGCUGCGAAAGUCUCACCUUUACACUCCGUGAACACCGAGGAGCAGAUUGUCUCCAAGGCCACCGAGCAUGCCCGUCAACGACCCCGAGAUCGUACUGAGCUACCAGAGGUCAGAUGAGGAGGCAGUGGUAGACCAGGGAGGGACGAGCUCAAUACUGAACAUCCACUAUGAGGAGGAGGAACUAGAAGGCCACAGGACUCUGUUUGUGGGGGUUCGAAUGCCCAGGCAAAGCCAUCGUCAUCACAAAGCUCAUAGCUCUCGCCACCGCAAAAGAGACAGAAGGGCGGGGAGUAUCACAACACAACAAAGUGAGGGAACUGAGACGACCACCACCAGUCAUGAUACACCGUCCCAGCGGGUCCAGUUCAUUCUGGGCACAGAGGAGGAUGCUGAACACGUGGCCCAUGAGCUAUUCACUGAGCUGGAUGAGAUCUGUGUGAAGGAUGGCAAGGAUGCCGAAUGGAAGGAAACGGCCAGGUGGCUGAAGUUUGAGGAAGAUGUGGAGGAUGGCGGGGAAAGGUGGAGCAAGCCUUAUGUAGCUACUCUCUCCCUCCACAGCCUGUUUGAGCUCCGCAGUUGCAUCAUCAAUGGAAGCGUGCUACUUGACAUGCAUGCUGACAGUAUUGAAGAGAUUGCGGACAUGGUCCUGGACCACCAAGAAGCGUCCAAUGAGCUGGACGAUAGCGUGAGACUAAAGGUGCGUGAGGCUCUGUUGAAGAAACACCAUCACCAGAAUGAGAAGAAGAAGAACCUGAUCCCAAUCGUGCGCUCCAUUGCAGAGGGAUCCCGCAAACCGUCAGAGGCCCAUCUGACAGGAUCAGCCGUAUCUCUCCAGCCUCCUCCAUCUGCAGAACCAGCCAAGAACGGUGCUGGACAGGACGGCACCCAGGUCGACCUCAGCAAGGCAGACCUGCAUUUCAUGAAGAAGAUCCCAGAGGGUGCAGAGGCCUCCAAUGUGUUGGUGGGUGAGCUAGACUUCUUGGAGAGGCCCAUUGUGGCCUUUGUUCGCCUCUCCCCUGCUGUGCUGCUCACCGGGCUCACUGAGGUCCCCAUCCCUACCAGGUUCCUCUUCAUUCUCCUGGGUCCAGAUGGAAAGGCUCAACAGUACCAUGAAAUUGGGCGCUCCAUGGCAACUAUUAUGACAGAUGAGAUAUUCCAUGAUGUAGCAUACAAGGCAAAAGACAGAAGUGACCUGUUGGCUGGGAUUGAUGAGUUUCUGGACCAAGUGACAGUCCUGCCACCAGGAGAGUGGGACCCCUCCAUACGCAUCGAGCCUCCUAAGAAGGUCCCUUCUCAGGAGAAGAGGAAGAUGCCUGGAAUCCCUGACGGCACAGUCUAUCAUCUGGAGGAAGAGCAUGCUGUGCACCAUGGGCCAGAGCUUCAAAGAACUGGAAGGUUGUUUGGUGGUCUGAUACUGGAUUUCAAAAGGAAAGCUCCAUUCUAUCUGAGCGACUUUAAGGAUGGCCUGAGCCUCCAGUGUGUGGCCUCUUUCCUCUUCCUCUACUGCGCCUGCAUGUCGCCUGUCAUCACCUUUGGAGGACUGUUGGGGGAGGCAACAGAGGGACAUGUUAGUGCGAUAGAGUCCUUACUCGGUGCAUCUAUGACUGGAGUGGCCUACUCUCUGUUUGCUGGUCAGCCUCUCACCAUUCUGGGUAGCACAGGCCCUGUGCUGGUUUUUGAGAAAAUCCUCUUCAAGUUCUGCGAGGACUACAACCUGUCCUAUCUGUCGCUCAGGGCUUGCAUUGGCCUGUGGACAGCCCUGCUGUGUUUGAUCUUAGUUGCCACAGAUGCCAGCUCGCUGGUGUGCUACAUCACUCGGUUCACAGAAGAGGCCUUUGCUGCCCUCAUCUGCCUCAUCUUCAUUUAUGAGGCUUUGGAGAAGCUGUUCUAUCUGGGAGAACUGUACCCCUUCAACGCACACAGUGAUCUGGACAAACUCACACUGGCGUACUGCAGGUGUGCAGAACCCGAUAAUCCCAGUAAUAAAACCUUAGAGCUGUGGAGGGGAAGUAACAUCACAGCCUCUGCUGUACCUUGGGUCAACCUUACAGUCAAGGAGUGCAUCAGUUUGCAGGGCCACUUUGUUGGGACAGCAUGUGGCCACCAUGGCCCCUACAACCCAGAUGUUCUCUUCUGGUCUACCAUCUUAUUCUUCUCAACUUUCUUCAUGUCAGCCUUCCUCAAACAAUUCAAGACUAGCCGUUAUUUCCCCACCAAGGUGCGAUCUAUGAUCAGUGACUUUGCAGUGUUCCUGACCAUUGUUGUUAUGGUUCUGCUUGACUAUGCUAUUGGAGUGCCCUCCCAGAAGCUGAAGGUGCCCAGUAAAUUCCAGCCCACCAGAAAUGAUCGAGGCUGGGUGAUCAGUCCAAUAGGACGCAACCCAUGGUGGACAGUCUUAGCUGCUUCCCUUCCUGCUCUUUUCUCCACCCUACAGAUUACUGCGGUCAUCAUCAACCGCAAAGAGCACAAACUACUGAAGGGCUGUGGGUACCACCUGGACCUGCUGGUGGUCGGGGUGAUGCUGGCGGUAUGCUCCAUCAUGGGGUUGCCUUGGUUUGUAGCAGCCACGGUCCUGUCCAUCUCUCACGUCAACAGCUUGAAGCUGGAGUCAGAGAGUUCGGCCCCAGGAGAGCAGCCUCGCUUCCUGGGCAUCAGAGAGCAGAGGCUCACUGGCCUGCUCAUCUUCCUGCUCAUGGGCUGCUCUGUAUUCAUGACUGGAGCCCUGCAGUUCAUUCCUAUGCCAGUGUUGUAUGGUGUUUUCCUUUACAUGGGAGUCUCUUCAUUAAAAGGCAUCCAGUUCUUUGACCGUCUGAAGUUAUUUGGCAUGCCAGCCAAGCACCAGCCGGACUUCAUCUACCUGCGACAUGUCCCCUUGAGGAAGGUGCACCUGUUCACUGUCACCCAGCUCACUUGCCUGGUGCUGCUCUGGAUCAUUAAGAUUUCACCUGCUGCCAUCAUCUUCCCCAUGAUGGUGCUGGCUCUGGUUUUUAUUCGCAAACUACUGGAUUUAUGCUUCUCUAAGCGAGAGCUAAGUUACCUGGAUGACUUAAUGCCUGAAUGGAAGAAAAAAACUCUUGAUGAUGCCUCCAAAAAUAUAGAAGAGGAAUCACAAAUUAUGCUCAGUGCACAGAAGGAAGAUUCAGCUAUUGUUCAGAUUCCCAUGAAGAGUAGCAGUCCUUUUCAGAUGCCAAAAACACAUGACCCCAGAUGUGACCCCUCUGACAUUAAUAUAUCUGAUGAAAUGUCUAAAACCACCAUGUGGAAAUCACUCAACUCCAAUCAAAAGGACUCUCGUCCUGAGGCUGCUGCAAAGGAUUGAAGGGAUCGCGUUCAUAGAUGAGUAAAGGAUGUACACAGUUCUGGCAGACUCACCUGUGUCACAUGACUGUAGUUCUAGACCACAGGACACCAAGAUUUGGCUGCUUUGAUCAUCAGCUACUUCGGUGCUUAAAGAAACAAGUCUUGAAGAUUCCUACCAGCUACACAUACUAUUCUCCACAAACACACACACAAAGUCAAGGGAACAGCACAUGUACACAUGGAUAGACAUAGACUUACACCUUCUUCUGUCUUUGUGAGGACUGGAAUAUACUGAAAUCUUUAUUUCCCAAAGCCAAAACAAUGAAAUUAAAAUAAAAACUAACCCAAUUCUAACUCUGACCCCUUGUCCAGGAAAUAACCCUAACCUCAGCCACCUUAACUAUCAUUAUCAUACUGACCUGGGGCUUCAUUUUCAUUUUAACCUCGCCAUCAGUAGUUAACUACAUAAACCAUCUCAAUCAGUUGACCAACGCCCUAUCUGAGCUCAACUAGCAUCACCUUGUUCAUGGCCCAGUGAGAACUAGCGGACUGCUUUUGGCUCUCUGAGGUAGAAAGAUGCCAGUAAAGAAGAAACUUAGCAAUAGCAAUUUUAUUUAUAUAGCACUUAAAAAAAAGGAAGAAUCACAAAGUGAUUAACAAUCACACAAGGCACAAGGCAUAACUAAAAUACAACAUAACACAUGCAGACAUCAGAGAGCACAACAGACAUUAAAAUUAACCUAUCAUACAGUACAAUAAUACACAUAAAAUGUCUUAUAGAACAGUUCACAAAAUUAGAAACACACUCAAUAAAACCCAAGUCACCCAUCCAACCUUAGUUAGUGUGAAAAACCAUAGAGAACAAAUGAGUUUUCCAACAUGAUUUAAAAAGUGCCAGGUUCUGGGCAGACAGAAUCUCCAGUGGAAGGCUGUUCCACAAGCUUCAUAUGGUAAGGUAUGAUCAACCUUGAGCUUAAGCCUGAAUCUGGACAUGUUCAUCAACAGCUGACUGGCAGACCAGAGAGAUCUUCCUGGCACAUGAAGAUUAAUCAGGUAGGAUGGCGCUAGACCGUUCAAAUCAUAAUAAUUUAAAAUUUAUUCUGUACUGGACAGGAAGCCAGAGCGGAGGUUAUGUGGUCAGAUUUCCUUGUGUUUGAUAGACGAGCCCUGGCCUUCUGGACAAGUUAAGGUCGGGAGAGGGACAACUUACUAAUGACAGCGUACAGUGUUUUACAAUAGUCAAUCCUCGAACUGAUAAAGGCAUGAAAGAAAAAAUGGUUUAACUUUUGAAAGCUGUUGAAGCUGAAAAACGCAGGUUUUAACCACAGAGCUAGUUUAUUGGGCAAAAAGCAUAUCAAGAUUUUUUUUUUACCUGCGAUUUAGCAUUUUGGGCCAAGAUUAAGGAUAAGGGUCCCCACCACGUUUGCGCCUUUAAAAACCACACAUUAAGUUUUACUCUCAUUGAGAUUCAGAUAGUUAAGUAAAAGCCAUGACUUAAUUUCCUCAGGCAAUCACCCAACACUGACAGUGAGUUAGUGCCCUUAGAAUUUAUUGGCAGAUACAAUAGGCGAAGUCUUUCCUGUAACAGUAUGCACUUAUGAGAAUUUGAUACUAUUGAAAAGCUCACUUUAAAUUAAUUUGGCCAAUGCAGCGAAGCAGACUCUGCUAAUGCUAUCUGGACAUGGAGCUACUCCACCAACAAUGAACAAUGAAAUACUGACACAGCACUGUGACAGCUGCUAGCAGCCAAGGUAAUUUCACUGAGAUAUGUGGACACUUUCUGAUUCACAGCUGGAAGCCAUACAUUCAUUUAAACCUCAUUUGAAUGUAACAUCCCAAGCAGAAACAGAACAGCCAGUCCAUAUUUCACUGUCACUGCUCUACCUCUAAAAAUGUCAGCCUGAAAGUCUGGAUGGUUUGUUUUCAGCUCUGAGGCAGAGAAGCUGUUGUUUGCCUUUAACUAUCGAUUUACUGUCCUGUAUCAAUGAAAUGUCUCUUGUUGGGUGAAUUUUAUUUUUAAAGCCAGCCACAUGAGGAAUAUGCCCAGUUGGCAGUUUAUUAGGUACACCUGGCUAAACUGACUAACUACACUGAUGAAGGGUGUAACGGUCAGCUUUUGUUGCAACUGUUCCAGAAAAGUGUUGAUUCGACUUUACAGUCUUUUCAGUGGCUGUAGUUUGUGUUAAACAGUAUCACAAGACAUGUUUAGAAUAUUUUAUCUAAUCAAUUUAUAUCAGUUGAAAUAGACCCAGACCUAGCUAGGUGUACCUAUUAAACUGGCAACAGAGGGUCUUUAUCAUUCCUAAUAACUGCAGUUUUUAAGACAGAUGUUCCUCACAAAGAUAGAAAAGCCCCCCGACACACACAACCAUGACCUCUCUACUCCCCUUUUCACCCUUUAUCAGAAACAACACCCAGGUUUUUACACCUUGACUGUGUAUUUAACUGUAUAAUGGAGUGUAACUGCUCUUUUAAAAACAAACCAGGUUUAAAUUCAUCUAGACAGUUUUCUCAGUGAUCAUUCUUUAAAGCUACUAGUCUCUUUUUAUUUAACGUGCCACAUGUGUGUUCUUUUAUAAAUAAUGACGAUAUGGCCAGUUAUUUGGUAGGUUUUAAAUAACACUUUGCAGGUUCAGUAAAACAGAUUCUCUUUGGAGCCAUAAAACAUUUUGUGACGAUGUUAAUGUUAGGAGUCCCACUUCAGUUGAAGCAGAUUUUUUUUAGGUAUAGUUGUUUCCCUUUAUGGAUAUUUGUCUCUGAACUAAUGGUUGAAUAGGAUGGAGAUUGCUUUACUGAAUAAUUGCCAUGUAUUAGCACAUUCUUUUUUUAAAUCUCAGACAAGGUCAUGAAUGCUUCUUUGAAAUGUGUCAGGUCAGGUGAAACCACAGGUUACAGGUGUGUGUGUUUUACUUGUGUGUGAGAGGGUGCAUGUGUCCUUUUGAAUAUCAGGAAUAUAAUAACUAUUUAGUUAUCUUUCAGGGGGCUGCAGAUUUUCUUUUAAGCAAUAACUGUCCCGGAAACCAACCCAAGUAGACCAUAAAACAACUCUUAGUUUAUCAGGGUCUUUAGUGUCAGUGAAGCCUUGCUUAUUUGUGCCUGGGUGGAAUAAAAGCUGUUUAGGAAAUUCUAACAUUUGAAGCCUGAAAACACUUUCAUGACAUGUACCAAAGAGAAAUUUUCAACAUUAUACACAAAAUUGAAAGCAGAUAUUGUGACAGUGUCAGGUUUCUGCUUUAUAGUGACUUCUGAGACCAGAGGUCACUAUGGCUAAAUAACAUUCUACCUUAACACUCUCCCCCUCAUUUUCUACUAUCAGUCACAUCUGACAGUUGUGUUUAAUUAAUUAAUUAGGACAGGACUUUCCUUUUUGGGUUUCUAGGGUCAACGCUCCAGGAAACAGAGGGAGCAAAUAAAAUAUGGUGUAAAAGAAUGAUCCUCAGUUUACUAAUAACUUUAUUUGCUGUUGCACUUUCUGUAGAUAGUUUGUGAUAUUUCUUAUUUUCAAGAGCUCUGUCAAGCAAUUAAAUUAUUUUACAAUAAUUUAUUUGUUAUUAAUUUUUAGAUAAUUGUCCCCUUUACUUUCUGUAUACACUAUAUUAAGCAAAAUGAGUGAAGACAAAGGCAGAAGAUUAGAAAAAGUAAAGAUCUGUGAUGGGAGGCACCACAAGUUUAAUAAACUGCAAUUGUCACAUCCUUUCAGCUUUGAUUGAGGAGCUACAGAGUCUUGAGACUGCUCAUAAAACAAUUACUGAUUGAUAUUUUACUGGAAAAUAAAAAGGAGCAUUAACAGUAGCUUAAGAAGAUAAGUAUAACCAUUAGGGCAAUGCAACAUCCAAACGCCUCCACAUUUUAGGAUCAAAUCCAAAGCUUCAAGCAAAAUUUCAGCGAACUAAUAAACUGAUCUAUUUUUAACAAUUGACUUAAUUAAUAUUGAUUAACUCAUUAAUUUAACCAUUUACUCAAAUACAAUCUCCAAUUAAAUAUCAGUUAUUUAGCUGAUUUGUAGCUUAACUCAAGGCUGUUUUCUCCACAGUUCUUAUAAUUUCUAUUCAAGUGACUUUAAAGCAAAAUGCACCCAUACAGCGACCUAUGCGGUCGCCUGAAGUAAUACCUCUUCCAAGACAUGAAUGAACACUUUGUACAAUGUGUUUGCUGCCAUAUGUACUUCUGCUUUGACUCUGUCAGAUGUCUGAAUGUGGAUAGUCUCUGUAUGUCUGCAAAACUGAAGUUAAUUAAUGAAUAGCAUGACAAAAUAUUAUUCAUUGUGUAAAUAUAUAUUCAAAGUUAUCUGAGGGAGUGCUAAGAGUGAAUAAUGCUGUGUGAUUUGAGAAAGUAAAAUUUAAAAUGCUUCUUUAAUGAACUAGACCAAAUUGUAACAUCUGUUUUAAAAAUUGUGUCAAUUACCAUAGAUGUACUGUAACAAAAGAAAUCAAUGGCAAUUGUUAAAGUAAGUUUAAAAAAAUGUCUUCAACUUGAUUGUCACCUCGUUAAUGUAGAGAACUGAGUAUUUGAAUGUGCGAUAAACACACAGUAAAAUGCCUUGUACUGUAGGUUUGCUGCAUAUACUGUAGUUGUGACCAAGAGGGGUCAUACAGUAAAUUUCAAUGGGCAUGUGUAUAAAUAUGUGCUGUAUGUGUGUGUGCCUGUCAUAGAAUACAUAACCAUUGCCUGUUGUGAAGUCAUUUUGCACUUUUUCCCACCUUACAUCUGGCUAAAAAGAGACCUUUUAAAAGUAAGCAAUGAGACACAGGCUGUCUAAAAACACUCUGAGUCAUUACUGUGUCCUCUUUUGGACAGUUGUAUCAUUUCUUUGUCACCUAGAAACACAGCAAGAGACCCAUGUUUCAAAUGCCAUCCUUUCAUACUAACUUCACUUAUAGAUAAAAGUGAAAACGCUGUACUGUAUGAGGCUAUGUCCAUCUAAUGAUUAUAAGACAUAAACCCUGUGUCUGUUUUAAGGACAAGGUCAGGGUGACUGACAAGACACAGAGAGAGAGAGUGUGUUAGAAAGCAUGAGGCUUUCAGGGAGAGGAGCGUCUGUUCUACAGUAACCUGUAGCCUUGGAGCCACAG